CCUAACGGGUUGUUCUUCAGAAAAAGAAAAUAGUUCGCGGCUGUUUAAUAUUUUCCACCCCCAAUAUCCAUCGAUUUCGAGUGCCAAAUGAAUCCAAACAUGAACAUGAUGCCCAUGUCUGGGCCACAAAUGAUGCAGGUAAUGCAAUCCUCGCCAUCAGGACCCCCAGGCCCGGUGCAGCAUCAGCAGCAGCAGCCGCCACAGCCACUGCAGCAGCAGCAGCAGGCCGAAAAAUUGGACAACAUUUCCAGGGUGAAGAGUUUGCUGGGACCACUGCGGGAGUCCAUGUUCCUCACCAUCCGGUCGAGUGCCUUCACGCUGCAGCAAAACAAUCUCGCGGACAACUUGAAGAGGGACACGGGUGCCCACCAUGUUCCGCGAUUCGACAAGCACUUGGAAGACUUUUACGCCUGCUGCGACCAGAUCGAGAUCCACUUGAAGACGGCGAUGCAGUGCCUUCAGCAGCAGAACUCCUCCAAUCACUAUCUCCCCGGUCCGGUGACGCCAAUGCGCAUGGAGACCUUUAUGCCGGACAACGCCGGCCCCAUUUCGUAUCCCACUUACUUGAACACGGUCCGCGUUCACAUACAGUCCGCCAAGGAUAUACACGACACUUUAAUUAGCGCCGCGCAGAACAUUUCGCAGGCUGAUUGAUAGUUGUAGUAGCAUUAGGUUUUAUUAUUUCCCAAGCAUGCACUUAGGUUAAGUAAAUAAAUAUUCUUAGAUAUAAGAUAA